AUGGUCGGUAAGUGUCCACGACAACCUUUUUUCUACCGUACUCCACCACCUGGCGUAGCAGUUCGAGUUAAACAACCCACCACCUCAUUCACGGACUGCAGUUGUUGUUUAGAUUUGGAUGCUCUUUUUCCUAACCGGCGCCCAUCACCUCCACUUCCACUCACGCGCUGCGAAUAUCAUGAGUUAUUGAUGGCGUUACCACCUCACCUGCAUCAUUCCCCAUGGGACACAUGCUUUGACACAGAGCAAGAUGGGUUUUCUCUGCAAAAUUUCUACAGGACCAUGAAAGAAAUUAAUGAUGACGGGGACGGCGGUAUCGGUAUAUUUGUUGUUACAAAGCGUGCACCGGAAUGUGGUGAACCAACACAACGGCACAGUGAUGUGGAGUGUGAAUCAGGGAUUGGUAACGAAGCCCGAUCUUGUGAAGCAAAUCAGGUGGUUUUAGGUUGCUUUACACCUCAGGUGCCGUGUCUUGGACGCUCUCAGCAUGCCUUCUUUGGAACGGGCGAAACAUUUGUUUUCACAUAUGCUGAUAUGAACGAUGUUGACGCCAGGCGUUCCCGGAACAUUCGGGAUGAGCUGUCAUCCGCUGUGAAUUUUCCAGGAUGUGAGGAAGAUUCGGAAGCCGGUUCUGACGCUGUGCACAAACACAUGCGGGCUCGCAAGCCUACAGUUAACAGUAUGUUAUCGACUUACACAUGGGUGGGAAAAGAGAGUAACAAGAGGUUCGUCGUUUGCGCCCGUGAUUUCUUCGGUAUAGGAGGAGGACGUGAUGGAGCGGCAAUAUACAUUGAUGAGAACAUUCUGUUUGGCACAAGCAGUAUGCAUUGUGCAACAUUCGAUUCCCCACCUCUCUGCGGGUGGACUCAGUCGUCACUUCCCCACUCCGAGUUCACGGUUAUGCGAAUGUUGUGGUUCAGAGUAGGGCGGGGAAUGUCCAUACUGACAGACGUGAAGUUACUUAAGCAGUUGCCCUGUGACUGUGGCAGGCGUUUGGAGCGGAACAGCGAAAGUUGUACCGCCAGAGUACUUCAUGCGGUGGAUGAUGCAAGUGCUGUGAACAAGGCAUCCGGUUGGCACUUCUGUGCCCAGUGA